GGCAUGCCAGGCUGGGUUUGGGUCAGGUCACAACAGUGUGAUGCUCUGUAUGGGGACCCUAUGUUAGCAAUACAGCAAGUGCUUAAAAGCAGGUUAUAUUUAAGUGGAGCAUGCUGAGGGGGUGUUGUGCUGGUGGGGGUGACAGAAUUGAACAUGAUGAGGCCACCAGGAAGAUUGACAAGCAGCUCAAGGACUGGAACAAAACCUACAGGCAGAUCAUCAAGAUACUUUUACUGGAAAAGCUCACGUAUUUAGACCAGUUGAAGCGCAAUGGUGUGGACGCAAUGCAAACAAUCCUUGAUUUCAUGGAGACUGUUGAACCUGCAAUUCCACUCAGGAAUCCUCGAAAUGAAAUAUCCAGGGAAUAUUUCUACGACAUUGACGUCAACCAUGAGGAUUUCGUCUUUGAUAAGCAAACGGCGGAGCAUUUGAAAUGCCUGUGGAAAGAUGAAGGAGUCCAACAGGCUGUUGUGCGGGAAAAUGAAUACCAUCUCAUUGACAGCGCUCGUUACAUUCUCGACAAAAUCGGCGAAAUCGCCCAGCCCGACUACGUGCCGAGCAACCAGGACAUUUUGCACUGCCGCCGCGAAACCACGGGUCUGCAAAAGGUGGAAUUCUCCAUAGCAGUGCCGCCGAAAAACGGCGGCGGGACGCAACAGUUUUGGAUGUACGACGUCGGCGGUCAACGGGAAUAUCGCCACCAGAUUGCCCGGGUUUUCGCAGAUAUCCAGGUAGUGUUGUUCCUCGUGUCAUCCAUCGGCUACGAUCGUACUUUGCGCGAAGACAAGACCUUCAAUCGGAUGGAGGAGUCGCUCAACUUCUUCACGGCCAUGUGGGAGUCGCCGUAUUUGAGCACUUCCGGUUUCAUCCUGUUUCUCAACAAGCAAGACAUUCUCAAGGAGAAAAUCAGCAGAGACCGAGGGGAGUCGCUGCUCAGUCACUACCCCGAAUUCAGGGACUACCGCCCAAAUUCCAAAGAUUUGGUCGGCGAUGAAGAUUUCGUUUACCUCCGGGCUCGUGCAUUCAUCCGUGAUAAGUUCCUGAAUAAGACGAGAGACCCGUUGUCAAGCAACAAGAACAAGAAGAGGAGGAAAGGAGUCGGAAACCUCGAACAAGCAAGGCGUCUGCGAUCCGGACCAGACGUUUACUGGCAUUACACCACAGCCACGGAUACGGAUCACAUAAACAGCGUUUUCAACGCAGUCAACUCCAUGAUCAUUGUAUGGAACCUCACCACGCUCGGACUCAUCUAG